UCCCGUUUGGGCUGGUCCGGUCCUCGCUACCUCGACUCUGCUUCCUAUUUGAAUUCUUUAUUGUCGGCCGCUCCCCCCCUCCUCUCUCUCCACUCGUUUCCCUUCUUCUUCCUCUUCUUUUUCUUCUCCCAUUAUUCAUCUCCCCAAGCUCUGAUCGACGGCGUAAAGAGUCGAUCCUAGGGCCCUGCAUAAAUUCUGCCUUACUUACCAGGAUUGUUGGGAACCUGCUACCGACACUACCCACGGACUAUCAGCGGACCGCAUAUCCGCGCUUGCCUUUAAUUGGUCGCGCUCUUUGGCGGUCUUGUGGUUCAAGCGGCGAAAUUCACGGAUUUACGAUAAUCCCACCGCCUGUGUGCCACGCCGUGGAAGUGCUUCCACAUUUCGUUCCUCAGGGGCACGAAUCGACCUGGAAAUCCUUAAAGGGGUGUAUUCAGUCAGAAGCCGUUGCUGGGAACUUGGCUCCAAGGCAUAGCAAGAAGACGUGCGACAUCUUCUCCGCUGCCAGGUAGGUUUCUUCCCGCGCUUCCCUCCUCUUUCGCCUCCGUCGGCAUUUCAACGGUCUGAUGUACUGAUCGCACGCCUGCUAUCAUCCCUGCAGUCCCGAUAAGCAACAGC